AUGGCGGUGCAACCAGAGGGCCUAAAAUGUACGGUGGAGGAAUCCAAUGCAGAGGGGGGUACAGCCGAGCCCUUCCUGAGGCUCCACAACUUGUACCCCAGCCCGCGCUGGGCCAGGCAGGCCGCCCUGCCCAGGCUGAGCCGCCAGGCGGUCAGCCAGCACUCCUACCAGCCGAACCGUUUCCCCUCCGUGGUGCCCCUGGACCCCAUGGAAAGCCCCGCCUCCCAGGAAGACCUGAAGCUGGACAACAGCCCUCCCCGCGUGCAGCUCAGCGACGAGACGUUCGUCUUCCAGGACGGGCAGUGGGUGAGUGAGAACUGUCGCCUGCAGUCCCCCUACUUCUCCCCGUCCUCGUCCUUCCACCACAAGCUGCACCACACGAGGCUGGCCAAGGAGUGCCCGCGGCAGGAGGCGAACCAGUCCCUGUGCGCGGAGAACCAGUCCCUGUGCGCGGAGAACCAGUCCCUGCGCGCGGAGAACCGCACGCUCCGCGAGGAGAACGAGAUCCUGCAGUUCUUAUGGGAGGAGCACCGGGCCGUGCUGCGCCGCGCCUCGCCGCUGCUGCGCAAGCACAACGCCUCGUCCCUGGAAGCGGUGAAGAAGGACCCGGACCUGCAGGUGCACGGCGGCCGGGAGAGCUGCACCCUGCAGCUCCUCCGGGAGGAGAACCGGGCCCUGCAGCAGCUGCUGGAGCAGAGAAAGGCCCAGCCGGACGAGAAGGCGGCCUUGACCGAGAUCAAACCGGUCCCCUCGCCCCAUGAGGCACCCCACGGGCUGCUGCCGGACCAGGGCUCGGGCCUCUCCUCCCCCUUCAAGGAGCCCCAGGCCCCGCAGGAGGACUCCAAGACACUCUGGGCCCUGCGCGAGAUGCUUAGCCACCUGUCGGGGCAGCCCAGGGAGGAGGGGGGCAAGGCGGGCCCGGGCCUGCCCGACGGCGGCCAGUCCCUGGAGCUGCUGCGGGAGAUGAGGCAGGCGCUGCAGGCGCUGCGGAAGGAGAACCAGAACCUGCAGGAGGAGAACCGGGCCCUGCACGUGCUGUGCGAGGAGCACCGGAUUUUCCAGGAGGAGAGCAAGGCGCUGUGGGAGAACAACAAGCUGAAGCAGCAGCAGAAGCUGGUCAUCGACACGGUGACCGAGGUCACCGCCCGCAUGGAGCUGCUCGUGGAGGAGCUGUACGCCUUCGUGCCGACCAAGAACAAAGACCCCAAGAAGCCCAGCAGGGUCUGA